ACAACCUUCUGCUUUGUAAACUUUCACCCUUACAACACUAUGUCCAGCCUAGCACUGUAUACUGCUUUGCUCUCAUUUUACUUUGCCACUUAUUCACUGGUUUGAGACAAGGUAAAAUGGGAGAACCAAGUCUACAGCUAAUACAUGCAAUACUAAUGGCCAUAAGUGCUUUCUGGAAGAUGAAUGUGAAUCUCCCAGAUCAUAUUUACUCCUGUCACUGCUCUUUCUCCUAAGUGAGUGCCCUGAUCAAUCAUGCAUGUUUGCAGGGAAUGCUCCUGACUAUAUGAAUUCACAACAGACAGCAAAGAACCAGGUUUCUUAAGGACUUGCACACACCAACAGCUAUCUUACUACAAACACAUUUUCUUGAAACAGCAGAACUCCCUUUUCCUGGAAGAGACUGCUGACUGUCCCUGCAUCCUUUCUCUUUUCAUUCAAGUGGUCAGCUGCUCCCAGGGUCCCUUCUGGCUCUGCUUCCCAAAUGGGAAGGAACAUAGGAAAAGUGUUAUGAAGCACGUGCUUUAUCCCUAUAGAGCCCCAAGAGAAAUGUCUUCUGCCUGUCUCAGCUGUAAAACAUGACACUGGAUCCCUGUGCAUUCAGUCCAAUUCUUCCAUGCCCUCCUUCACCUCAUGGAAGAGCAGCAUGUCCCCAUGGAUAAGCCUCUUAAGCACUUCCUGAUAAGCCUUGGGAAUAAAGACAGAAAAGUCACACCUGGAAGGCCAAGGAGAAACAAAACUGUGACAACAUGAACACAGACUCACUCAGGCCUUUAAAGUCAAUGGAAAUAUGAGUAACUUUUUCUCCCUCCUUCACUAUUUGAAGCAUGGUUGCAAAGAUGACACAGUUGAUGUCCUUUUGGCAGUGCCAUAUCAUUACUGAGUGGCAGCGGCCACAACAUAUGAAAAGUGAGUUGUACAUUAGGGAACAACUUUUUCCCAGAGUGAAGAGCCAUGCUGGAAACGUUGUGGGAUCUUCAUCCUUGGAAGGGCUAUGGCUAACCUUAUCUACUCAUGGCCCUGCUCCAAGCAGGAGGUUGAUCUCUGGAUGCCCCUUUCAGUUAAUAUCUGUGAUUUUUUUUUCUCUCUCUUUUCAAAAGCCACUCUGCCUUGCAAUCUCCCUUUCUCACCCUGUAUGGCUUCCUUGUAUCUUGACUAGCAAAGGCAACUAUUUUGCUCACAGAUAUAUCUCUGGGACUUGGCAGUCUCCUGGCUUGGGCUUUCUCACCACCUAACCAUUCAGUUGACUUUUCUCCUAUCCAGAUUUGUGGAGGACAUACUCAUUAUACUAAAACUAGCACUUGUUUAAUUUCUGGCAUUUCUUCACUGCCUUGCACAACACUGAUUUUUGACAUUUUUUAGAAUUCUUGACCCACUGUAUUCCUGUAAUCAGGCUUGCAGUAAAAUGCUUAGCAAACAGUACAAUUUCCUUCCUUUCCUGCUCCUUCCGCUGCCCUCUAGAGUCUUAGAGUUGUUACCACCUUGUUCUUCUUCCAUCACUGUGUCUCUUCUGCGACUUCAAAGUGACAGCUCUUGUGCCAUGUUUACCUCUGUUGUGUCUCUCUGUCUUUGCUUGAGCCCUCCCAGCGGAGUUGUUUCAAUUCUUGCCCUUCUCCUUACUGUGCAACUCAGGGUUUUGCAGUGUUUGUCUCAAAUGAUUCCCAACCAUGACUGCAAUGAGAUUUCUUCACCAGCCAAUGGAGUCUCCCUCCCUUGCCCUCCUUCACAGCUUUGUCUCUGUGUUCCUAACAAUCUUCAGUCUGAAGCUGGACUCCCAGUGUCCAAUUCAAUCAUUAAACUUGGUGUUUUAUGCUGAGGUACUGCAUUUGAAACUCAGGAGUCCCAGAGCAGAGAAUCAGACCCUCAAUAUCUGCUUAAAUCCAGAAACCAAAACAAAGUAUUGUGUAACCUUUUUAAAAUUCACUUAUUUAAAACAACACAGCAGUUCUCUCCACAGCACCAGAAAACCUUCGGAAUCAGCAACUUGCUUUGCUAUCCUGUCGGUAGGCUAUUGUGGUGCAACAACAGACUUGGGAUUUUAAUUCCAUUGUCCUUUUGAAAUCUCUAAAUCUGAAAAGUGACCAGGUCAACAAAAAGGCCAAAACUUUGUAAGAUCUUUUGGGGAUGUGGUAGAAAGGAACUUUGGGUAGGUGGGCACAACCUGGAUGUAGAUAAAAAGGAAAGGGAGGGGCAAGCAGUACUGUGUUCCCUAAUUUAAAAAUUGCUUAACACACAAAUGCAGAACCUGACUGAGGACAAGAGCUAAGUCUUCUCUCUCACAGGAUUAAAGGUUGUGAAAAUGGAAGUGGUCUCCACAUCAGUUGGCAACUUUACUGUUGAUCUCUUCAACAAGCUGAAUGAGAACAACAAAGGAAAAAACAUUUUCUUCUCCCCUUGGAGCAUAUCAGCAGCUCUGGCUCUGACAUACCUGGGAGCAAAAGGACCUACAGCAACUGAGAUGGCAGAGGUCCUUCAUUUCAACGUGGGAGCAGGAGCUGAAGCUGCUUCUUCUGUGGUGAGACCUUCUCGGGGGAGACCAAAGAGAAGAAAAUUGGAUCCUGAGAACAAGCAAACUGCAGAUAUUCAUUCUAGCUUCAAGAAGCUCCUGACUACCAUCAACAAACCCAGAAGCACCUACUCCCUGAAAAGUGCCAACCGCAUUUACGUGGAAAAAACCUUCCUAUUAUUGCCUACAUACAUACAGCUCAGUAAGAACUACUAUGAAGCAGAGCCACAGAAGGUUAACUUUAAGACAGCACCAGAACAGACAGGAAAGGAAAUCAACACUUGGGUUGAAAAACAAACUGAGGGCAAAAUCAAGAAUUUGCUGGGUCCACGAGAUGUGACAAACUCCACCAAGCUGAUCCUGAUAAAUGCCAUUUACUUCAAGGCAGAAUGGGAAGUGAAAUUUAGGGCAGAAGAUACAGAACUGCAACCCUUCCGACUGAGCAAGAACAAGACCAAGCCUGUAAAGAUGAUGUACAUGAGAAAAACAUUUCCAGUCCUCAUCAUGGAAGCAAUGAAUUUCAAAAUGAUUGAGCUGCCAUAUGUGAAACGUGAACUCAGUAUGUUCAUCCUCCUUCCUGAUGACAUCAAAGACAACACUACGGGUCUUGAACAGCUGGAAAGAGAACUGACAUAUGAGAAGCUGUCCAAAUGGGCUGACUCCAAGAAGAUAACCGAGACUCUUGUGGACCUGUACCUACCUAAAUUCGAAAUGGAAGAGAGAUAUGACCUCAGCGAUAAUCUGAUCAGGAUGGGAAUGCGCAGUGCCUUCAGCAGCAAUGCUGAUUUCAGUGGAAUGACAGAGAAGGAUAGAGUGAUGAUCUCCAAGGUUUUCCACAAGUCUUUUGUUGCAGUUGAUGAGAAGGGCACUGAGGCAGCUGCUGCUACUGCUGUCCUUGUAGAACUAACAAGUGCACAUGAUAGCCAUGUUCUGAAAUUUAGGGUUGACCACCCUUUCUACUUCUUCAUCAGACACAACAAGUCCAAGAGCAUCCUUUUUUUUGGUAGAUUCUGCUCUCCUCUAGAAUGAAUAAUUACUUGCUCUCAGCAACCAAGGUUCACUGUUCAAUGGAAAAAAUGUGAACCGUGGUGCUAAAAUCUCAACCUUAAGCCAUGUAGCCACCUGUACUGAAGUGCUUGUUCUUUUCCUUCCAACCAACCUCCCUCAAAGAAGGCAGCAAACAGAAACUAUCCUGAGCCACCAAAGAACAGGCCUCUACUGCUUCCUUCUAUUGUCCUAAUGAGACAGUCCUGAACAGAAAAAAAUGCACAGAAUUUUGCUCCUUUUUAUCAAAUCUGCUCUUCUGGCUUUGUUGUUUAAAAGUAAGGUGGAGUCAUAAAAGCUCUCUGCACACAGCCCUAUGUCAAAUGCUGACUACAAGGGAAAUGCAAUUCAUUCUUUUGACUCUCGCAGAGAGGAUAAAGUACCCUGAAAAGAAAAAAACCAAACUUGUAGAAAUCUGUAUGCUUCAUUUUUCUCUCCUUCCCUCACUGGGAAACCUGCAUUUGUACUGCAAUGCUAUUUCAUAACCUUAAUUUCAAAUUUCAAUGACUGUUGGAAUUCAACAAAAUUUAAUACAAAUCCAGAAUAAUCUCAGAGUGCCCCUUACCAUCCUUGUCUCACCACAUGUCUAUAGGCACAUCACAUUCAUUCUCUCCUGCUCUUUCAGCUUUCUGAAAAAGACUGUGAGAGAAAAUUGUCCAACCCUUAAUAUUAAAUUGCUGACUUCUAAUCACAUUGCAUUUUUUCCUUCAUUUUCCUAAAUUUUUUAGUUUAAGGUUGUUGAGAUUUCCAACCAGCAAAAAUGCUAAGCAAACUAUUAGCAACAUGCCUUCUUACCACCUUUUUAUUGAUAUGUAAUCUAAACCUGUUAGAAUUUAAAUCUGCUUCCUCUUUUUAAUUUUACUUAGCUAUACCUGUUUCCUGGUUAAUACCUGCAAAGCUUCCUUGCCACCUGUAAUAAUGACCAAUGUUUGAUUUGUACCUUAUGAGUGCACCUUAGCAAAGAUAUUUGUGGUAUUGACAGAAACACCAGUGAAAUUUUGAUUUUGAUUGAUGCUUUACUUACUAUUUUACCAUGAGCUGCAUUUAAUGAAAUAAAUAAACUUGAACUUGUUUGUGUUGUUCAA